AUGAUUAAAAUCUGGAACAUGAAGGCCAAGGAGGCCGCCGCCGAAAAGAAGAAACCAAAGACAAGUGCUGCUCAGAUUCGUGUGCAGAAAGACUUGUCAGAGUUGGAGAUUCCUUCUACUAUCAAACUAGAAUUCCCUGAUCCAUCUGACAUUCUCAACUUCAACGUGAAGAUCAAUCCAGACGAAGGUCUUUACAAUGGUGGUCGGUUUGCUUUCACUUUCAAAAUCAAUAACAACUACCCCCACGAACCACCAAAAGUUCACUGCACUCAAAAGAUAUAUCAUCCAAACAUCGACCUCGAGGGAAAUAUCUGCUUAAACAUCCUGCGUGAAGACUGGAAACCAGUCCUUUCAUUGCAUUCUGUCCUGGUUGGUUUGCAAUACCUGUUCCUGGAACCUAACGCGGAUGAUCCAUUGAACAAAGAGGCCGCAGAAGACUUGAGACAAAACCGAAGUGGAUUCGCGUCGAAUGUGAAGCGAUCGUUGGCAGGUGGCGCACUGAAGGGCAUACAGUACGAUAAUGUUUUAGCAUAA